CAUCGGAUAAACAUGUUUGCGAAACUCGUGAUAUGCGCUGUGGUGGUCGCAGUGACAUCACUACCUCAAGGAUCACCGUCUAGAUCCUAUGGACUUCCCAGUGGAAGCUCAUCCGGCGGUUUCGGUGGAGUAGGUGGACCUGGAAGUGGAGCUGGAGGCAGUGGAGGAUUCGGAGGUGGAGCUCCUGGUUCGGGCAGUGGAGGAUUCGGAGGUGGAGCUCCUGGGUCAGGCAGUGGAGGAUUCGGAGGUGGAGCUCCUGGGUCAGGCAGUGGCGGCUUCGGCAGUGGAGCCACCGGAGGAUUUGGUGGUGGAGCCACUGGAGGAUUCGGAGGUUCCUCGGGAGGAUUCGGUGCUGGUGGUUCUGGAGCUGGAGCUUCAGGUCCUUUCAUUCCCAUCAUUACCGACGAACGCCAAGGUCCCGAUGAGUUCGGAAACUACAACUUCAACUUCGAAACUGCAAACGGCAUCAUUCGUGAGGAACAAGGAGCCCCACAAGGAGAAACUGGAGCCGUAGCACAGCAGGGUGCUUGGUCAUUCACCUUCCCUGAUGGCACUCCAGCUGACUUCAGCUUCGUUGCUGAUGAAAACGGUUUCCGCGUGGAGUCCGACCUUCUGCCCACUCCCCCUCCCCUCCCCCCGCACGCCAUCGCCCAGAUCGAGAAGGCUCGUCAGGAGGAUGCCGCCGCUGCAGCAUCUGGUGGCCGGCCAGGCUCUGGCUCUGGACAGUUCUCUGGCUCAGGCUUUGGCGCCGGCCAAUCAGGCUUUGGUUCAGGACAGUUUUCGGGAUCUGGCCAAUCAGGCUUUGGUACCGGUGCUGGCCAACCAGGAUUUGGUUCUUCUAGUGGCCAGUUCUCAGGUUCAUCUUCCUCCCAACAAGGACCCAGCACCGCCUAUGGUUACCCCAAAGUUGUGAUAUGCGCUGUGGUGGCCGCUGUGGCAUCACUACCUCAAGGAUCACCGUCUAGAUCCUAUGGACUUCCCAGUGGAGGUUCAUCCGGCGGCUUCGGUGGAGUAGGAGGUGGACCUGGAAGUGGAGCUGGAGGCAGUGGAGGAUUCGGAGGUGGAGCUCCUGGUUCAAGCAGUGGAGGAUUCGGAGGUGGAGCUCCUGGUUCAAGCAGUGGAGGAUUCGGAGGUGGAGCUCCUGGUUCAAGCAGUGGAGGAUUCGGAGGUGGAGCUACCGGAGGAUUUGGUGGUGGAGCUACUGGAGGAUUCGGUGGUUCCUCGGGAAGCUUCGGUGCUGGUGGUUCUGGAGCUGGAGCUUCAGGUCCUUUCAUUCCCAUCAUUACCGACGAACGCCAAGGUCCCGAUGAGUUCGGAAACUACAACUUCAACUUCGAAACUGCAAACGGCAUCAUUCGUGAGGAACAAGGAGCCCCACAAGGAGAAACUGGAGCCGUAGCACAGCAGGGUGCUUGGUCAUUCACCUUCCCUGAUGGCACUCCAGCUGACUUCAGCUUCGUUGCUGAUGAAAACGGUUUCCGCGUGGAGUCCGACCUUCUGCCCACUCCCCCUCCCCUCCCCCCGCACGCCAUCGCCCAGAUCGAGAAGGCUCGUCAGGAGGAUGCCGCCGCUGCAGCUUCUGGUGGCCGGCCAGGCUCUGGUUCAGGACAAUUCUCGGGAUCUGGCCAGUCAGGUUUUGGAACCGGUUCCGGCCAACCAGGAUUUGGGUCUUCUAGUGGCCAGUUCUCAGGUUCAUCUUCCUCCCAACAAGGACCCAGCACCGCAUAUGGUUACCCACAUGAGCAUCAGUCAGCCCGACCGCUUCAUCGGAUAACCAUGUUUGCGAAACUCGUGAUAUGCGCUGUGGUGGCCGCUGUGACAUCACUACCUCAAGGAUCACCGUCUAGAUCCUAUGGACUUCCCGGUGGAGGUUCAUCCGGCGGCUUCGGUGGAGUAGGAGGUGGACCUGGAAGUGGAGCUGGAGGCAGUGGAGGAUUCGGAGGUGGAGCUCCUGGGUCAGGCAGUGGAGGAUUCGGAGGUGGAGCUCCUGGGUCAGGCAGUGGAGGAUUCGGAGGUGGAGCAACGGGAGGAUUUGGGGGUGGAGCUCCUGGUUCCAGUAGUGGCGGCUUCGGCAGUGGAGCCACCGGAGGAUUCGGAGGUUCCUCGGGAGGAUUCGGUGCUGGUGGUUCUGGAGCUGGAGCUUCAGGUCCUUUCAUUCCCAUCAUUACCGACGAACGCCAAGGUCCCGAUGAGUUCGGAAACUACAACUUCAACUUUGAAACUGCAAACGGCAUCAUUCGUGAGGAACAAGGAGCUCCACAAGGAGAAACUGGAGCCGUAGCACAGCAGGGUGCUUGGUCAUUCACCUUCCCUGAUGGCACUCCAGCUGACUUCAGCUUCGUUGCUGAUGAAAACGGUUUCCGCGUGGAGUCCGACCUUCUGCCCACUCCCCCUCCCCUCCCCCCGCACGCCAUCGCCCAGAUCGAGAAGGCUCGUCAGGAGGAUGCCGCCGCUGCAGCUUCUGGUGGCCGGCCAGGCUCUGGCUCUGGACAGUUCUCUGGCUCAGGCUUUGGCGCCGGCCAAUCAGGCUUUGGUUCAGGACAAUUCUCGGGAUCUGGCCAGUCAGGUUUUGGAACCGGUGCCGGCCAACCAGGAUUUGGGUCUUCUAGUGGCCAGUUCUCAGGUUCAUCUUCCUCCCAACAAGGACCCAGCACCGCAUAUGGUUACCCAUAAGUGAACCAUUAUGCGACUUAAUAUCUGCUGCCGCUUGUGACCCAUCGAUAUCGUAAUAUUUUUCAGCCUUCAAUAUUGGAGAUGUAACAAUGACGCUUACUA